GGCCAAGCCCUGGGCCAGUGGAGGCGUCGUCACCGCCCGUGGCAGGCAAGCCGAGGCGCGCGGGCGGACACGUGUGGACGUCUGAGCGCUCCUGGACCAGGACGAGUGCACGCCGGGCCUCGUCCUCUGCGGAUUCCGCGGCAAGGUUCCUUAACGAUUGCAGCUUGAAGUUCCCGUGGUUGCCGGGAGGCUGGGUUUCGGAGGAAGCUAUCAAGAAACAAUGUUUCCUUAAAUUUGCUUCUGUAUUUGCCUCACCAAUGUCAUUCAUAUUGAGUAUCUUAAGAGAGAUGCUGGAAUAUUUUGGUGUUCCUGUAAACCAGAUUUUGCAGAUUUGGGAAAAUAAAGACUAUGGAUCAGCUCGGAGUAUUGUUCGUAUUAUUGGGAAAAUUCUUCCGUUAAAACCUUGUCCCAGGCCUAAUUUUGAGGUGAUCCCACUCUUGAACUCUGUGGACCCAGCUAACUGUGGAUCUGUAGUUCCAUCUUUUGCUGACGUUUUGUAUGUGACGAAUGAUGAAGAAGCCAGUUAUCUCAGAUUUCGAAAUAUUCUAUGGAAAAAUGAAGAAGAGGAGAAAAUUGCUUCUUUCCAUCCUUUGCAACUAGUUGAAGAUCCACUGACACCUGCUCUAAGGCAUAACAAACCAACAAAAAGUGAUUGGGCUGAAAGUGAAGCUGCAAUUAAAAAAAUAGCUGCCCUUGAAGAUGAGCUAGCUUUUCUUCGUUCUCAGAUUGCUGCAGUUGUGGGAAGGCAAGAACUGAGAAACAGUACAAAUUCUGGCUCCUUGGACUUGAAGAACGACAGGCCUAGUGGUUUGGGACAAAUGCCAUCAUCAGGGACUACUCAACUGAGUGUUGAACCUGAUUCGUUUUCAAGUUCAGUGUUUCCCUCUCCUCCUCCUCCACCACCACCUCCUCAGGUUUCUUCUGUACAGCCUCCAUAUUCUCCUCUUGUGCAAACAGCAUCUAAUAAUAUUUGUGCAUCAGAUAAUUCAGCAACUGAAGUGAAAAAACAGGACCCAGAUACUAGGAAAACCAAUUUUAGUCAUGAUUCAAAAAACCAGAAAAAUAAAGAUAUUCCAAACAUGUUGGAUGUUCUGAAGGAUGUGAAUAAAGUUAAGCUACGUGCUAUUGAAAGGUCCCCUGGAGGCAGACCCAUUCAUAAAAGGAAAAGACAAGACUCACCUUGGGAUCCAGUGUCUUUAAUAUCCCAUGCACUUAAGCAGAAAUUUGCAUUCCAAGAAGAAGAUUCCUUUGAGAAAGAAAAUAAUUCUUGGGAGUCUUCUCCAUUUUCUAGUCCAGAAACUUCAAGGUGUUGCUCAGGUUCUGUCUUUCUUGCUGCAUGGGUCCAAACUGUGCAUCCACCCGUCUCUCCAUCCAUCUAUCCAUCCACUUACUCAUCCAGCAAACGUCCCACCACCCGACGAAUAUUCACUACACAUGAGGACUGUGGCAGAUGCUGAGGAUACAGCAGCGGACGAGGUAGGUGCCUAGAAGCUUACGGGCUAUGGGGGAUAUGGACGUCUAAUCAGGAAAUGUCAGUUUAGAGGGAUAAACGCCGUGAUAGGGGAAGUAAGAGAGGGCUGUGAAACCAUACAAGCAGGGGCAUGGAAGAUGGAUUUUUAAAGAAAAAGAAGGCUUUUCAGGAGGAAGAUCUGUCCAAGUUGGGAUCAAAAGGAUGAGUAAGUGAGAGAGGAGUCCGAGAAUGCAGGCAAUACAGAAACUAUAGCACUGCCAUGUUUACAUUUCAUUCAAAAAGGCAGAAAGAAGAAGGGCAUGUGUGUGAAGACCUGGAGCAAGAGGGACACUUUAUAUCUUCCCUCCCUGUUUUAUUUAGUUUUUAAUCAUUAGAAAUGAUCACUUUCAAACAUACUAUAUAUUUUACUUAUUUUCUGAUUCCCCUAGUAGAAAGCAGGGAUUUCUAUUUGUUUCGUUUAUCUUCUGUACUGCCAGCACUUGGCACAUAUGUCGGCUCUGGGAUUCUGAAAGUGGUUCAGACUGGAUGAUGCAUAGAGCCUGGGAGGGUAAUGGUGGGAAGGGAAACUGGAAAGUGCAGUGAGGGUCAGAUCAUAGUGAGGCUUGUAAACUGGGUUAAGAUAUUUGGACUUAACCCCGAGGGCAAUGGGCUUUUAAGCAGGCAUCUAAGUGUGACAGCUGAGUUUCAGGAAACUCAUUCUGGCUGCACAGUGGCGGAACGUUUGGAGACAGGCAAGGCUGAGUGUAGAUGACGGGAUGCCCUCCUCUAGGGGAGGAUCUGGCAGGAGCAGGCUGGGAGGUACUGGUAUUUCACAGGCAAUGGCCAAAUUAUCUGUGUCUUUCUUAAGAGGGAGGUGGCUCUGCUCCUACAGACUCACUGGCUUUCACAGCAGCUCAAAGAGCAAUAUCAGCAAAAGGCAGACUGGAAAAAAGAAGAUGCUUAUCAGAAAUGCUCAUGGAGAUCUGAACAUAGGACGAGAUGAUAUUGCUUUAAUAUCCAUUUAAAUCCCAGCACUGUUUUGGAAUCCCACAGUAGAUACAACAUCCCUCUACUUUCAGAAGCAGCAGCUCAGCAAUUUCACAUCAUUCCAGUGAGAAUGUGUUCUAGUGUCACAAACUCUUCAUACCUGUAGUUUUAUUAGUAAGAAUAAUCUUCCCUGUAAAGUUGAGAGAGUAAGCACCCACCUUUGUGGCAACAAAACCUACCAGGAUUUAUUUUGAACAAAAUAAAACUCUUCAAACCCCUACUGCAAAACCUUUAUUUCCCCUUUUAUCUGAAUCAUCAAGUAUUAUCCACCCUAAGAACAAAACAAUCUCUUCGUUCUAGAAUAACAACACAUCUGCCAUUUAAUAAACCACCAGCACAGGUUUUCAAAUUAAACCGAGAGUCUCUUUGUCAAAGAGAAUCUGGCAGAGCAGCUUUGCUACCAUACAAAGCAGCUUUAAAGUGCUGUUGUUUUUUUCUCCUAUUUAUUGGACACUUUCUUUGAUUAAAAUACUUAGAAUGAUGUUGAUAAACUGAGUCUGGUGUACAACAAGACUCAGAGUUAAUUAUACCUUUUAAACCAGCGGAGGCAGGAAGAAAACAACAGGAACAUAGUCUGUGUUUUCAUUUUAAAUUGCUCACGAAACCGGGAAGCAAGACUCCAGAAGAUAAUGAAGCCACUGAGUUCUUCCCUAACAAGCCCAGUGGUGUCCUUGGUAACGCUGCAAGGGCACCAGCCCAGGAGGUCUCAGAGGAACAGAAGCUCCUUGAGUCCUAAACAAGACCUCCGCCCUUGAAGAAACUAUAGCACUGCCAUGUUUACUGCCUGUUGGAAGAUGUCUUUCUCUUGUUUGAUCUGCGCCUGCCGAAGACACCGCUCUCACAAGGAGCCCCAACAUUGAUUGCUGUCCACGGGGCAGGCCUGUGUUCAGAUCAGGGCCAUGGAUGUGCCACACGCCAGCUACCUCACUGAACAGUGGAAACUUUAUGAAACAGAAAACCAAAUUUGAACCUCCUUUUUACAAUUUUCACUCCACUUGCCAAAAACACCUUUCAUGAGGCAGAAAUCAUGAGGCGACGUAUAAUCUUUGCAAUUGAUUGUGUGAGUAGAGGUCAUAGGACCAUAUGGAAGGAACAGGUCUCCUGGCUCUAACUUCAUAUUUAUGGUGCAGAGUCAUUAAGAAUAAAAAGUGGUUAAAAAUGCUGGCCUCUUCUAAGUGCUUGUGGUAAGUGACCAAGAAAAACGAUUAUAAACUUCUGCAAGACAAAUAGAGAAUGCAAUAAAUACAAUGUUUCAUGGAACAACUAGUUAUUAAUUAUUUUAUUCAUUAGGUUGUUCUGUCACUGGUUAAUAUGCAGUUGGGCUCUAUCAAAAGGAAUUAACUUUUUUA